CAGUCUAUCACACCCGGACUUCUGCCAGUGCAGGAAUGUCGCUAACCAUUUCCCCCACGUCGCCAUGAAAAGUCGCUGAUUUAAAACGAAAACCAGCAGCCACGGGAGCCAUGUCACACCAUGAUGUGGUUAAUGGAUGCAAACUGGUCGCCGUGCUCCUUCUUUGGCUUGGUCCCUCUGCUGAAGACAGUCACACAGGUCGUGCUCAUGCAGCCGAGCACCAGGAGCACGCUGUGCACAGCUCUGUUGUGUGUCUCUCAGGAUUGGAGAAGGUGGUGUUAGUGAUCCAAAGUCAGAGAAACUCCUACCACGCCCGUCGAGGUGUUCAGAGGAAGGUGGAGAUUCUGCAGCAGGCGGCUGAUCUUGGGCAGGGAGUUCCAGUUGUUCUUCUUCUCCAUGAGCUGUCAGAGUAUGAGGGAGUUUGGAGUAUCCUCCCUGUGCUUCCUCAUCUCUCUGCCACUUAUGGCCAAUCAGCAUCCUGGUUUUUCUUCAUAGAGGAGGGAACCAGAGUCACACUGGCUGCUCUGCUGCAGGUCCUCCACCGAUAUCAAGUCCAUGAGUCACAGGAAUGGUUUUUGGGUAAGCGUCUCCAUGAUGACGAAGCCUCCAUCAUCCACCAUUAUGCCUUCUCUGAAGAGCCCAGUUCCUUUGGUUAUCCUGACCCAGCAGCAGGCUGGGCUCUGAGCACACCGCUGCUCCAGAGACUCGCUGAGCGGAUCCAGCGGGAGCAUCUGAAGUCAGAUUUUACCAUUGACUUGAAACACGAGAUUGCUUUGUAUAUUUGGGAGGAAGGAAAUGGUCCACAGUUGACAGCAGUGCCAGAGUUUUGUACAGAGCCAAGAGACAACUGUGCUACCACGUUUACAACAUACCUGCCCAACUGUGGUGAUCCUGUCUCAAAGAAAGAAAUAUUUGUUGCUGUGAAAACUUGUCAAAAAUUCCACUCGGAGCGAGUGCCAGUGGUGAAGGCAACCUGGGAGAAAGAUGCUGGGCUUUUGGAGUAUUACAGUGAUGUCGCUGAUGCCUCCAUACCCACAAUCAGUCUGGGAGUGCCCAAUACUGAGAGAGGACAUUGUGGGAAGACAUUUGCCAUCUUGAGGCGGUUCCUGAGUAAAGCUGUCCCAAAGACCGACUGGCUUCUCAUUGUCGAUGAUGAUACACUCAUCAGUUUGCCCAGGUUGCGACAACUGCUGCGUUGCUAUGACCCAAAGGAAGCGGUGAGCCUGGGGGAGAGAUACGGCUACAGCUUGGUUCAGAAGGGAUACAGCUACACCACAGGAGGAGGGGGGAUGGUGCUCAGUAGGCCGGCGGUGUCCAGGCUAAUUUCCAGUGGUUGUAGCUGCUACAGUGACGAUGCUCCUGAUGACAUGGUGCUGGGCAGGUGCUUCACUUCCCUGCGUGUCCCCAUCACACACAGUCCACUGUUCCACCAGGCCCGACCAGAUGACUACUCCGUGACACUGAUCUCCAUGCAGCAGGCCAUUUCCUUCCACAAACACUGGAACAUAGACCCCAUGGCUGUCUACAAACACUGGCUGCAGGACCCACACCUGCGAGAUGAACUAUAGAAACACUGUGCGUAUACAUACAGUAUGUAUAACACACUGAUCACAAACACUAAAUCCUAAUUCAUACAACAGCAUAGAACUAAGGAUGAGCAAGACACAGUGACCACAGUGCAAUGGUUGUAAUGUCCAGAGAGACCUGGGAAACAUGCCCCAAAACAUAAUUCUUACAAGAGUUUAAUACCUACAUCAAUCAAUAUGUUUGAUAUCUGUAUUAAAUCAAAUGACUGUGUGUAAUGUGAAAUGGAAAUGGGUCCAGAGAAUUAUCACCCAAGUGUGGCUCUUAGGCUCAUCUAGAUGAGCUCAUUUAGCUCAUCAUUUGGGUUUAAUAACCUGGACAUUAACUGUAUGAAGUCGGAGCCAACAAAAAAAUAAAAAACCUACCAUCAGCAGACUCAUACACUUCCAGAGUAGAUGCUAAUGUUUCUUUGCCUCUGCUGGAUGUGCGAGUAGGUAAUUGUUUGCUAAAAUGUUUGCCAUAGUAACCGAAUAAGCCUUGGAUAUGAGGAUGUCCUCUAAAGGCCAAAAAAAAAAAAAAAAAUGCAGCUUUAAUGGGACCAUGCAUUUUCAAAAUCCUCAGUUAUCUUAAUUUGUAUUAAAGAUUUCUUCAAAUGUCACUGCUGUCACUUUACUCCCAAAACUAAACUUUAACAAAACUAUGAACCAAGAUGUUUAAUUUAUUUAAGAAUAAUAACGUUAAUGAAUUUGUUAUAAUAUUAAUCUGUUUCAUCGUUUGGUAAGUGUUAAAACUGUGAAUGAUCAGUGUUGUAUUGAUAAAAAGACUCCCAGUGUUUAUUUUAUUAUAUUUUAUUUAUUUAGUUCUUUUGAGGUUUGAAACCUUCUGUGCAAGAGAUACCUGGCUGCGACACCAGCAUAACAAAUUGCAGACUUAACAAUACAAAAUUAGGCGACAGCUAAAAUAAAAUACUAACACAAUACUAAAACCGUUUACAGUACUAAUAAGGCAGUCAUUUACAUCAAAUUUUUAACUGACAACUGACAUAAUAACAUGAAUAUAAUGCAUUUAUUUCAGCAAUAUCUUUUAGUAUUUUGUGUUCAUUUCACUUUCAGACUAACACAGAAUAGUUUGAUAUUUUGUGAAACAUGCUCAUAAUGUGCUUACGAGUAAUGACUUUCUAAUGGAGGAAAUUUCAGUAGGAUUCAUUAGAAUUUUAUUUUUGAUCUAUGUAUGGCAAAGUGGUGUGUGUGAGAGUCGGUUGGUGUGGAUGUGUGUGGAUGGGUGUUAAGUGUAAUUACAACCACAGCUGACAAGCCUACAUUAAAAUGCAAUUUUGCAGCUGUUUUUGAGAAUACAUAAAUGUUUAUGUGUGCUUGCUGAAAACCUGUUAUUUCCUAAAAUUAAAUAAGACUUUUUUUAAUAAUUUGAAAAUAAAAUGUGUAAUUGGUUAUAUGAUCAAACUUUUAUUUGUAUUUUAUCUGUUUUAGGACACAACACUUACCCCACUUUUCUCUCUUAUCUAGAAAAUAAUUACAAAUUCAGUAUAAUGCGUUUUAAAGGGAAAGUCAGCUGAUUUUACAGAAUCGGAAUCAGUAUUUGUUUUUAUUAGCCAAAUAUGCAAGCAUACAGAGAAUAUGCCUUGGUCUUUGCUCAACAAAAUGCAACACAGAAAAUCUGAAUAAUGUACUGAGCUGUGGCGAAAGAAGUGAGAUGCAUGAAAUAUAGGACAUCAAAGUCUGUUUACAGGUCUUCAGGAGCUGAAAACUUGAAUAAAUCCAUUUUGUGGGUCCAGA